UGUCAGAAACAGUUGAUUAUAAUGUCAGUACUGUCCAAUUCACGGGCUUAAAGCAGCAGCUGCAUACUGCAUUUUCCCCGAAGUAUUCAAAGAUCCUGACUCUUAAAAACUUUGUAGUUCUUGUAAUAGAAGUGGGGCAUCAUGAUUUGGACAAAUGGUACAAGUCUCUAUAUCAGAUUUCUUAUGUGGCUUCUUCUCCUGUAUAUGUUCAUCAGGAAGGCAAUGCCUGAAGAUAACAUCAUUACAACCAAGAAAGGCAGAGUCAGAGGGACAAACCUGCAGGUACUGGGGGGAACUGUGACAGCCUUCCUUGGAAUACCUUAUGGACAGCCACCCGUCGGUAGACUGAGAUUUCAAAAACCAGAACCUCGUGAGAAGUGGUCAGAUGUUUGGGAUGCCACAAAACAUGCAAACUCUUGUUACCAGCUUAUAGAUACAACUUACCCGGGAUUUCCUGGAUCAGAGAUGUGGAAUCCGAAAACUGACCUAAGUGAAGACUGCUUGUACCUUAAUGUAUGGAUUCCUUCUCCCAAACCCAAGAAUGCAACUGUCAUGGUGUGGAUAUAUGGCGGUGGCUUUGAGAGUGGGUCGACAUCACUACCGGUCUAUGAUGGCAAGUUUCUGGCCAGGGUAGAAAGAGUCAUUGUAGUUUCCAUGAACUACAGGACUGGUGCAUUAGGAUUUUUGGCUUUGCCAGGAAACCAGGAAGCUCCUGGAAAUGCAGGCUUAUUUGAUCAAAGAUUGGCACUUCAGUGGGUCCAGGAGAACAUAGCAGCAUUUGGAGGCAAUCCAAAAAGUGUGACUAUAUUUGGAGAGAGCGCUGGCUCGGCUUCUGUCAGCUACCAUAUCCUUUCUCCUAAAAGCCAUCCUUUAUUCACAAGAGCCAUCAUGCAAAGUGGAUCUGCAAAUGCCCCUUGGGCUGCAAUAACAGCAUCUGAAGCCAGAAACAGAACAGUGGCUUUAGCUAAACAACUCCAGUGUCCCACCAGCAAUGAGACAGAGCUAAUUCUCUGCCUCCAAGACAAGGACCCAAAGGAUAUACUGGAGAAUGAAAUUUUUGUUGUAACAUAUGACUCUCUUUUGCAAGUAUAUUUUUGUCCAACUGUGGAUGGUGAUUUUCUCUUGGACAUGCCAGAAACAUUGAUUGAGAAUGGCCUUUUCAAACAAACACAGAUCUUAGUUGGUGUUAAUAAAGAUGAAGGAUCAGCAUUUCUAGCAUAUGGAGUCCCUGGCUUCAGCAAGGAUAGCGAUAGCUUGAUCAAUAAAACAGAAUUUGAAGCAGCUUUAACUCUGUCCUUCCCAGAAGCAAGCCAACUUGCAAUAGAAUCGAUCAUUUUUCAGUAUACAGAUUGGGAAAAUGAGCAAAAGCCAGAACAUUACCGUGAUGCCAUGGAUGAUGUUAUUGGAGAUUACAAUAUAAUAUGUCCUGCCGUGGAAUUUACCAAAAAAUUUGCACAAGUAGGACACAAUGUGUUUUUUUAUUUCUUUGAACACCGAUCCUCAAAGCUCCCUUGGCCAGAGUGGAUGGGAGUAAUGCAUGGUUAUGAGAUCGAGUUUGUGUUCGGAUUGCCCCUAGAAAGAAGAGUGAAUUACACUAAAGCUGAAGAAAUCUUAAGCCGGUCCAUGUUGAGAUACUGGGCAACUUUUGCAAAAACUGGGUAA